CGCCGGCCUCCGGGACCGCGCGGCCAGCCGGCUUCCUCCCGCGGCGGCAGCGGCAGCGGCAGCGGCAGCGGCGGGGGCGGGCCCGGCGCCACCAUGCGGGGGCAGCUCUGGCUGCUGGUGCUGGUGCUCCGGGGGGCCGCCCGGGCGCUGAGCCCCCCGCCCGGGGCAGGUCCGGAUGCAGGCCAAGCCUCUGGAUGGGCUGCCGAGGGGGCCUUGCGGGGCUGGAACCGGAGAGCCCGGGAGAGCCCCGGGCAGGCGUCGGAGCCGGACAGGACCCAGCUGAGCCAGGACCUGGGUGGGGGCACCCUGGCCAUUGACACGCUGCCGGAUAACGGGACCAGGGUGGUGGAGGACAACCACAGCUACUACGUGUCUCGUCUGUACGGCCCCAGCGAGCCUCGCAGCCGGGAGCUGUGGGUGGAUGUGGCCAAGGCCAACCGGAGCCACGUGAAGGUCCACAGAAUCCUCUCCAACACCCACCGGCAGGCUUCGAGAGUGGUCUUGUCCUUUGAUUUCCCUUUCUACGGGCAUCCUCUGCGGCAGAUCACCAUAGCAACCGGAGGCUUCAUCUUCACUGGUGACGUGACCCAUCGGAUGCUCACGGCGACUCAGUACGUGGCCCCGCUGAUGGCCAACUUCAACCCUGGCUACUCCGACAACUCCACAGUUGCUUACUUUGACAAUGGGACAGUCUUUGUUGUUCAGUGGGACCAUGUCUACCUCCAAGGCCGGGAGGACAGGGGCAGCUUCACCUUCCAGGCGGCUCUGCACCGUGACGGCCGCAUUGUGUUUGGCUACAAAGAGAUCCCCAUGUCUGUCCUGGAAAUCAGCUCCUCCCAGCACCCUGUCAAAGCCGGCUUAUCAGACGCCUUCAUGACGCUCAAUACGUCCCCGGACGUUCCAGAAUCCCGGCGGAGGGCCAUCUUUGAAUACCACCGUGUGGAGCUGGACCCCAGCAAGGUCACCAGCACGUCGGCCGUGGAGUUCACCCCAUUGCCAACCUGCCUGGAGCAUCGGAGCUGCGACGCCUGCAUGUCCUCGGACCUGACCUUCAACUGCAGCUGGUGCCACGUCCUCCAGAGAUGCUCCAGUGGCUUUGACCGCUACCGCCAGGAGUGGCUGGCCUACGGCUGUGCCCAGGAGGCAGCCGGGCCUCUCUUACAGGCAGAGGGCAAGACGUGCGAGGACUUCCAGGACGAGGGCCACUACUCGUCUUCCCCUGGCAGCUCCUUCAGCCCUUUGGACGGAGACCACAGCACCACCUCCUCCUUCCUCUCCUUGGACAGCCUCACCACAGAAGUUUCCUUGCCUCUGAAAGGAAGGGUUGGACUGGACCUCCCUACAGUCCCAUCCGGACCCAGAGUGACAAAGGCCGUAAUGAUUCCACUAACCUCCCGCCUUCUCUCCCUUCUUUUGGAAGAUGACACUAAGCUGAAUCCCUAUGCGGGAGGGGACGGCCUCCAGGACAACCUGUCCCCCAAGGCCAAGGGCCCCCCGGUGCACCUGGGCACCAUCGUGGGCAUCGUGCUGGCAGUCCUCGUCGUGGCGGCCAUCAUCCUGGCGGGGGUUUACAUCAGCGGCCACCCCACUUCCAACGCCGCGCUCUUCUUCAUCGAGAGGAGACCUCACCACUGGCCGGCCAUGAGAUUCCGCAACCACCCCAACCACUCCACCUACACGGAGGUGGAGCCCUCCGGCCACGAGAAGGAGGGCUUCGUGGAGGCGGAGCAGUGCUGAGGCCAAGUGGCACCUUGGAAGCGUAGAAAGGGAGUGGAGAAGUGAUUUUUCUUGGCCUCCUCCGAACAUACGCUGGCUGGGACGCUGGGACAGUGGUGGUCUGUGGUGCCAGAGCUACGGUUUGGCCCUCACACCCCACUAUGGAAGCAGGGGCAGCAAAGCAAUUGAGUUUUUAAGGAACAAUAACCCACUUUCGUCCUCUCUCGAUGCCAGGGGUCUCCCCUUCUGGGGCUGUCAGUGGUCUACUCUGUACCUGCCCCAGAGACCCCGUCCCACCUGGAGAGGACCAGACGCCCCUGCAUAGGACACAAGAGAACUGAGCUCUUGCCUGGGGCCGCCACAACCCAGGGUCCAUAGACUCAAGAGCUGGUCCUCAUGGCUAUGGAUCCGGCGCAUCCCGCCCCUGCUCCUGUGGCUGUGGGAGUCUGGAGAAGGCGUUCUCUCCAUCCGCGAACACAGGUUCAGCAGCUCUAUGCCCUUCGCCAAGCCGCAUGGAGGAGAGCCGAAGGAGAGGGGAGAAGAGAACCUCCGGGGAAAGCUGCAUCUUUAGGCUUCGCUCCCUUGACGCGCCCUUUCUGCUGGGAGCCGGUACUUCUGUGUCGGACGGACGUGUGUGCAGCCCGUUCAGCCCAGCUGUGGCCCAGCCUCGGCCGGGCGGGCCCUGAGGGCUCUUUAUUCCAGCGGCACGGUGCGUGCCCAUUGUGUUCACUGGCCUUGUCCUCUGUCGGUGCACAGCUUUCCUGAUUGCUCUUUUUCCUCCUCCAAGCUGGAUGUGGGUGGCCAUUAAAGGGUGGUUUUAUGGAGACCUAUCCAGCAGAGAACUUCCGCUGGAGUCUGUUGAGCAGCAAAGCCACCGGCACGGUAGGGACACGGGACACAGGACACUCCCAGGGGAAGGAGAGACUUCCUACGGAAAAUUGUGACCUGGAGAGAUGCCUCCACCGCCUCAGCUCUGCUGAACGUUUUGGGGGUCAGAGAGUUUGAGCUCCCAAACGUAAGCUGGUUCUAAGGGAAUUCCGUUCCAGAGACGAGUUGAGGCUGUUUCUGAAGAGCAUUUGAAACAAAAAUCUAUCGCCCUGGCCCAUGGGGCUCAGUGGGUUGAGUGCCAUCCUGUGCAUCAGAAGGCCGCUAGUUCAGUUCAUGCCCAGGUUGCAGGUCCAAUCCCUGGCUGGGGAGUGUGCGGGAGGCAAUCGAUCAACGUUUCUCUCUCACAUUGAUAUUUCUCUCUCUCUCUCCCUCUCCCUCUCUCUCUAAAAAUCAAUAGAAAAAUAUGUUUAAAAAAACACAAAUAAAAUGGAAAUCUAUAGCUCACCCUCAUCCAAAGUAAGCAAUAUUGGCAGUAAAUAAAUGGUAAAUCAGUCUCCA